AUGGGCAGGCAUGAUGCCACAGGCAGGCAGGCAGUCUCCAGGCCUGGCCCUGUGUUCACUGAGCCAAGCCAGGCCACAUCCCACAUCCAUCUGUCAGCCAUCUGGUCUCUGGACCCGGAAGGGCUCUUUGCCCAUCAGACCAGACCAGAUGGACUAAAGAUCCCUCGUGGGUGGAACAGGCUGCCUUUGCUCAGCAAGGGCACCUCUCCCCAAAUGGUCCCACUCCAUUACAUUGUCCAGCAGCCUGUCAGGGGAGCCAGUCCUCGGCCAUUGUGCAGUUGGGGAAACGGCCCAAAUAGGGUCCCCAUGUCCCCUGGGCACACAGUCCAUGGGUCAGAGCCAGCUGUGGGCCAGGUCUGCAAGAAACCAGAUUCUUUCUUGGUGGGUGAUGGUUUUACUCUCGUGUUAAAGCCAAAGAUCAUUUUAUAA